CACCCGUUUCUUCCACUUUGAAAGAAAAUCCACCCCUCUCCUAUUUGAUUAUUCCCGUCAACGAAGACGCUGCCGGCAGCGGGAGAGCAUCCUGAACCAGCGGGAGCAUCCGGUAAUCCUUCUCCCUCCGACGACAGCGAGAGCAUCCCGGAAGCCUUCUCCCUCCGGCGGCAGCGGGAGCAUCCCGGAAUCCUUCUUCCUCGGGCGCAACAGAGACAAACCCUCUCUUCUUCCUUCUCCUUUUGUCUUAUUCGUAUAAAUUAGGUUUAAAUAAGGGGGUUUGGAAUGGAGCCUUAACUAAGAGGCAAAUGUGAUAAGUGUGAAUUUCCUCUUUUGUCGAUGGAAUUUCAGUCUCCCAGGAUUGCUGCCGUUCUGGACGAGGACCACUACAACAAUGCAACGCCGGCCGAGUCCCCAGCAGCAAGGCAGCGCCGACACAACGUCGACAGAGUUGGUGGACGCCGGACGGGUUGGUUGGAACCGAUGAUGAUUGACUGGUCGCUCAUGGUAGAAGGGAGAAGACUUCGCGCCAAGGCUCAUCGCAGUUUGGGUUCGCUAGCCGCAGUUGGAUUCUUUCUCGCACCGGAGACGAUAAGAGCCUUUCGCCUGCUAUGAACUACGAGUUAGGGAAAGCGAGAAAAAGGCGCCGAGGGGCUAUGAACCACAGCAGAACUUGCUGCGAGUUGGGGAAAGCUAGGAGAUGGCGCCGAGGGGCUAUGAACCACAACAGAACUGGCUGGGAGUUGGGGAAAGCUUGGAAAAGGCUACAUGAAGAAGAAGAAGAAAAGGAAGAGACUAGUACUGGUAGUACAACUGACAGGAUACGCAAUCUUCCAGAACCCAUUAUUUGUCACAUCCUUUCGUUUCUCGACAUCCAGUCUGCCGUUCAAACCUGCGUAUUGUCGCGAGCAUGGAGAUCUGCUUGGAGACAUGUCCCUGUUCUCGAUCUCCGUAGCGAAUCCUUCCGAGAGUAUCCGAGUUUUCAGCGGUUCGUGGAUAGAAUUUUGUCACUCCGCUAUCCCGGUAGUGUCCAGAAGAUGACCUACAUCGCCCAUGGAAAUCGGACGGAACAGGAUGAUAGUCAAUUUGGCAGGGUUGUUGAAUAUGCCUUGCACCAUGAUACUCAACAUUUGGCAUUCUACGUGGGUGAUGGAAUUGGUUACGGUAUCGGUUGCAGAUUCUCGAAUUUGUUCGGCUCGAUGUCGAAUUGCAAUCUCAGGACUCUUGAGCUGUGUUGGGUCACCAUCGAUGGCAGAUUUUGGUCUUUUGGGUUUCCGAGGCUGAACACUUUGGUGUUGGAUUGGUGCCCGCUGUCUUUUGAGCAGGAGGACCUUGAUCCAUUUUCCAACUUCCCGUGUCUCCAGAGUUUGUCUUUGACUAGUUGCCACCCCAAGAAGGUUCCACGUCACAUGCGUGAAAGGAGUUUCAAGAUUUCCGGGCUCGAAUUGCUCAGCCUGAGGCUCGAAAGUACGGAGUUUCACAAGGUUGAGAUAGUUGCACCGAAACUCAAGUCGCUGUAUCUUAGGGGAGGUGUGGAGCAAUGCUCAGUGUUCUCAGAGCUAACUCUUCCUUCCAUCGUUCAUGCUGAUGUUCUUGUCUAUCCGGCUUCCAUUUUCAACCAUGAGAGAUUUGUGGAGCGACAUUUGUUCUCCUUGUUCCAAGCUUUGGGUAAUGCAAACUCUCUGACGCUGGGUUCUAAUACCAUCAAGGUGCUGAGUGGUUUGGAGGAUGAGCUUCUGGAACAACUACCCUCUCCCUUUACGAGAUUGAAGCUUCUGAAUGUGCAGUCAAGCAGCAUACCUUACAGAGUGGCUGAUUACUUUCUCAAAGGAUCUUCUUGUGCAGAACCAAAAGUUGAUGUUUUGUAGAUGUAGUAGUCAAUUUGCCCUUUGCCUUUCAUUUUUUGUCUGUUUGAACGCAAGUGGACGGUCUUUCGUUACGUUCAGGCCAUCUAGGAAGAAUCUAACCUCUAGGGAACUGGGUUGCUAUUCCUUUUAUCAGGUUCUUCUGAAUCACAUUGAUGCAUAUAUCGUCUUCACUCUGUCCUUAGGUAUCAAUUGACUUGGGUAGAUUACUAUACAUGUCUCAUGGUAUGUUUCUUAUCUUCAUG